AUUCGCAUCGGUCAAAUCGGUGUUCUCGGGUCGGUGAAAAACUUGAUCGGUGAAACUUUGGCGAAAUCGGUCAUUUCACGAACCUCGAGGGGUAAACCUCCUCCUUUUAUCGAUCGAUCGGAGAGAAACGAUGGAUCUUUUAUUCAGCGACUCGAUGUGCGGUUCGAACGUGUAUAAUUCGUUAUGUACGCGCGUGCGAUAGGGCAUGUUUAAUGCAUGAAAAAAAGAAAAGAGAGAGAGAGAGAGAGAGAAAUACUCGAACGUUGUUUCAUCGAGAUUCCGAUUUCAGAUAUCGUGGAAUGUAAAUUUUCCAUUCGUAAAUACCAUACCGUGAAAUUCUUCUUAUUUUCUCGAUUGAAUUUUUCAACGUUUAAUUUCGCGAAAGUGGAAGAAUCUAACGGAGCGUUCGCGAGAUAAAAUCACGGAUAGAUAUUUUUCUAUUUUUCACGCACGCGCAAAAAAAAAAAAAAAUCGGCGUAUCGGAUAACGAUCGAGAGGAAAACACGUGUAUGGUAGAUUCGCAACGACCUUGAGUCGUCUCGACUCAGCGGGCGUUCGUAGGAAAGUGACGUCUUCGCGCGAGGUAACACCACGUUUCACCUAGGUGUUACCUCCACCAUGGAGCAGAGAUCGUGAUCGGGAUUGCGUAUGGGUGAGAGGCCUCGCUGUCGGCAGGGUGUCCCGUUAGGGGACCUAGAAGGCCCACAACGGGCCAAUCGUAUCAACCUGGUUCCGAGCACACCGGAACGUAUGCUCGCCCGAUGAGGAUCGCCUGCCAACCGGUCGGGCCGAUCGCUCAACCGGUAUCGUUUAUCUGUCCAAUUCACGCCCGUUUCUCGUCUCUCGCUCGCCUCCAAUAUCGACGCGGAAAAGUGGAAAUCGUUUCGCAGCGAGAAUGUGAACGCCAAUCUUUCGCUGAAACACUGCCAGACCGUUCGUCGCGUUGAGGACAUCGAGGGGUGUUGGAGCCAUGGGCCGCACGGGAUACACGUGCAUCAGGCACGUUUUCUGCUCCCUCAACGUUCUCAUCUGGUUAUGCGCUUGCGGAAUUUUGGGUGCAGGCCUCUGGCUCCGAUUGGCUUACUCCGGAUACACGACCUUGGUGCCGCACUACAGUUUCGCGUCAGCUGACUCGUUGCUGCUCGCCGCCGGAUGCGUGACCUUCGUAAUCGCCUUCUUCGGAUGCUGCGGCGCGUGGUUCCAAUCGAGAUGCAUGCUGAUCACGUACUUCGGUUUGGUGAUACUCAUGUUCCUGGGCGAGUUCAUGCUGGGCACCCUGGCCUUCAUCUUCAGGGAACACCUUGCCAAGAGUUUGAAGGACGAGCUGCUGUUCGGCAUCGAGAAGCACUACAAUCUGACCAGGGAGCCUGGAACCCUUCCCGCUAUAUGGGACCACAUACACACGGAGUUCCACUGCUGCGGCGUGCGGGAUUACACGGAUUGGUUCCGAAUCGACGCCUGGCCGACGGAGGACCGCGUGCCCGAUUCCUGUUGCGUGCAGAGAGAACGGUAUUGCGGUCGCCUCGACUCCGAGGGGCGUAACAAGGAGCUCUGGUACAAGGAAGGCUGCGCGACGGCUAUUCAAAUGUGGCUGGUGACCAGGCUGCACGUGGUCGGGACCGUUGGCCUCGUGGUGGCCUUCCUCCAGUUGUUCGGCCAGGUGGCCAGCAUGAUCCUCUUCUGCACCGUCAGGCACAAGAGGUCGUCCCACACGUACAAGAGUUACGACACAACCAACACCUAGAAUUUCAGAUGGAUCUUGGACGAGACCAGCGUCUAAGAUCCAUCGAAACUCUCGACGAUUUUAUAUAUAUAUAUAUAUAUGUACGCGCACAUGUAUAUCUCACGGCCGCAAUGAUCGCGAUCUUCUUCGCCGCCGAUACGAAGAGGAUCAGGGAUCGUUGCCCCGAAAUCUCGAAUCCCCCCCUUGUAAAUUGUUUUCCUUCGAAAAAAUCUAUCUGCCCCUUCCUUCUAGAAUUGGUAGAAUUCGAGUAGGAACAGGAGCGAAACUCGUCCACGAGCUUAGACGAGAUGAUUAAUAAGCAUAAGCUUCUGAGAGACACGAGCCAUUAUUUUAAUGGGUCGUUAGACUCGAUAAGCGAUUCCGCCUUCAUCCAGCUGGCUAAUUUGACGAGCUUUUAACAAAAUAGGUCGGAUGUAAGUAAGAAUAAUAACGACGUACUCGCCGAGUUUAGAUUUUAGAUCGGUGGGACGAGUCUUGUAGAAGUAGAUAGUAAGUAGAGAGGAGAGAAUUUUAUAAUAUAUAGUAGGAUGCGAACAUUUAUGUUACCUUGCAUGCGAACCUGUUUUAUUUAUUAGAGAUAAGGUAACCGCACACGGAUCAUACCAAAAUUAUUCGUUACGUACGACCAGGCAUUACGAAUACUUUUUUCCCCCGUUUCUUUUUUUUCCGUUUUGCCUGGCCACGUACGAGCACAAUUUUUAUCUUUAUUUUUAUUCUCGUUUUAAGAUCGGAUCGAUCCCACCCGUGGAAACACUACACGAUCCUCGUGGAUUUUUCUCUCGCCUAGCUUUAAAUCCUCGGGUGCGUCGAUCGUAUGUUUUUUUAUCGUGUAAUAAAUUGUCGAUAAAGUAGCAACACUUGACCGUCUAGUAUAGCGUUUGAAGAAGUGCGUGGUUUCGAGUGCAGCCUGCCACGCUGCGAGGUCGCGACGAUCGAGCUCCGUCGAGAUCGUAUCACGCGUAACCUCGUUGUGUACGUGUAACGUUCAGAUAAUAAAUAAUAUAUUUAUGAGACGA